UGACGCACUGCACAAAUAUUUAAUCACAGGGCUAGACGGAAGGUCGGAAAAAACAGGGAGACCAUGUUGGAUUUUCAGUGAACUCCUCAUGUGACCCCGGACAUCAGAAAUGGACCCGUUCCGCAGAGCCCAGAUUAUCCUAUUGUGUGACCUCUGUAAAACUGCCCACCUACAGAGUCACUGUGAACGUUGUGAUAUAAAUCUAUGCCAGACCUGUGUUGGGAAGCACCUCUCGGAUUCGUCUAUAAGACACAAAGUCGUGCCCUAUAAAUACAGAAAAUCUCUUAACUACUCAACAUGUCCAGACCACACUGACGAACUCUGUAAACAUUACUGUGAGAAAUGUGACAUUCCUGUGUGUUCUACCUGCGUCUCCUCAAGUAAACAUGAAGGUCACAAUAUGUCAGAUAUUCUGGAAAAAAUCAGCGCUAAAACAGAAAGUUUACAGAAAGAUCUGGACGAACUCGAGACCAGAAUUUACCCGCGAUAUGAAGAAAUGGCGUCCGAUGUGCAAACUGAGGAAGCCGAGUUAGAAACGAAUUACGGGAAACUGACAACAAUUGCCGAUCAACAUGGAGAACUCCUACACAGGGAGAUCACCGCCAUUGUCAACCAGCGGAAAUCCGACAUUCAGGAGAUGAAAAUUAAACACCUAUCUACCCUGAAUAAAAAUACAGAAGAAAUCACACAGAAAAUGGCGGAACUCAAACAGAUCAUGUCCGACUUGAAAUCAAUCCUAAAAUCAAAUGACGUCUCCUUAACCGCUACUUACAAAUCUUACAAAUCCAAGAAUUCCGAAUUUAGAACAUUACCGCCUAAAGUCCGAGUUACAUUACCCAGUUUGUCUGCUCAGAAAAUAAACAAAGAUCAGCUCAAUGAAAUGUUCGGUUCUCUGUCGCCAUUAUCCAUUAACACAGAACAUGGCGACACAAUGAAGUCAGCAGAAGCUGUAUCGUCUCCUCCAGUCAAACCACUGCUUGAUGAGCCGCGCCUCACCGCCACCAUAGACACUGGGUAUGACAGACUAUUCAGUGUUAGCUGUCUGAGUGAAGAUCAAGUCUGGACACGCGGGGAUAACAAAACCAUGAAGCUGCUCAACCUCCAGAGUAAACUACUGACAUCAAUACAAACCAAGUCAGGGGACAAACCGCGGGACAUAGCAGUGACACGGGACGGAGAUCUUGUUUAUACUGACUAUGAUGAUAAAACUAUAAACUUAAUUAAGAAUAAACAGAUACAGACCGUGAUCACACUACAGGGGUGGGGACCUCUCUAUGUCUGCUGUACCGCGGCUAACGACCUCCUGGUUACCAUGGACAGUGAUGAUGGAGAACAAUCCAAAGUCGUGCAUUACUCCGGCUCCACAGAGAAACAAAGCAUUCAGUUUGAUGAUCAGGGUCGUCCUCUCUACUCAUCGGGUGGAAACAUUAAAUACCUCAGUGAGAACAAGAACCUGGAUAUCUGUGUGGCUGACAAUACAGCUAGAGCAGUAGUGGUGGUCAAUCAGUCAGGAAAACUCCGAUUUAGAUACAAUGGUCAUCCCUCUAAUACCGAGCAAUCAUUUUAUCCAGUCGGCAUCACUACAGACAGCCAGAGUCACAUCCUGACAGCAGACAUUAACACUCAGAGUAUCCACAUCCUAGAUCAGGACGGACAGUUCCUCCGUUACAUUCACUGUCAUUUAGAACUUCCAGUAGGUUUAUGUGUGGACAUCAGAGACAACCUCUUUGUGGCUGAGUAUCACACUGCUAAAGUGAAGACAAUCCAAUAUCUAUAAACACAGUGUUAAUUACACAUCUCUACAGUGUUAAUUACACAGCUCUACACAGUGUUAAUUACACAUCUCUACAGUGUUAAUUACACAGCUCUACACAGUGUUAAUUACACAGCUCUACAGUGUUAAUUACACAGCUCUACACAGUGUUAAUUACAUGUCUGAAACAUGUUCAUUACAUAUCUUUACAGUGUGUGUUAAUUACAACAUCAUGUUAAUUGCAUCACUUGUUAAUUUCAACCCUGUGUUAAUUACAGCCCUGUGUUAAUUACAGCCCCUUGUUUGUGAUGUGUAAUUAACAUGUACUUCUGCUAGCAAGAUUACUGAAAAUAAGUAUCUCACUGGUGUUUAGUAAAACCUGUAUUAUGUUUAGUAAAACAUCAUUAAUCUUAGUAUACUAAUUACUGAUCCAAAUGUGUUACUAGUUAAUUAUCUAUUUAUUUACAAUCUUUGGUAGACUAAUUUGACUGUGUUACUAGUUAUCUCUAUACAAUCUUUUGUGGACUAAUUUGACUGUGUUACUAGUUAUCUAUAUACAAUCUUUUGUGGACUAAUUUGACUGUGUUACUAGUUAUCUAUAUACAAUCUUUUGUAGACUAAUUUGACUGUGUUACUAGUUAUUUCUAUACAAUCUUUUGUAGACUAAUUUGACUGUGUUACUAGUUAUCUAUAUACAAUCUUUUGUGGACUAAUUUGACUGUGUUACUAGUUAUCUAUAUACAAUCUUUUGUAGACUAAUUUGACUGUGUUACUAGUUAUUUCUAUACAAUCUUUUGUAGACUAAUUUGACUGUGUUACUAGUUAUUUCUAUACAAUCUUUUGUGGACUAAUUUGACUGUGUUACUAGUUAUUUCUAUACAAUCUUUUGUGGACUAAUUUGACUCUGUUACUAGUUAUUUCUAUACAAUCUUUUGUGGACUAAUUUGACUGUGUUAUAAGUUGUCUAUCUUCUCAAAUCUUUUAAAGAAACGUGAAUAAUUGUGAAGUACUUAGAGUUUUCAUUUUGUUAGUAUUUUGUGUGUAGCCAUGAAUUAUAGUACAUCCACAACACUUACCUAUUAUUUGGAUGUCCUUGUUUUAGUGUGAUAAACUACUAAUUGAACAUUUUUCUUUUUGUUAAUUAUGUAUUUCAAUAUGUGUUAUAAUUUUCAAUGUAUAUAUUAGAUAAACAUGAUACAGAG